AUGGCUCCUACCAACGAUGAUGGACAGGAGACGAAAAAGCAGCUGAAGGCAAUGCUCUGGUAUACCCUGGGCAACCUCACUCGCGAACAUGCAGACCUCUUCGAUACAGAGGUAACUCCUCAGUUCAUUGCGGGGCUAGUAGAGAUUACCUGGGCGCAGCUAGGUGCGCUGAAUGUUUGGCUGAUAGUCCAGUGUAUUGGCUAA